UCACGAGACGCGUCACCACCUCACGGAAGUGCAGUCAUGGCCACUCUAGAUGAGUAGGACGAUAAUGUUUGUGUAGCGAAGGACUCAAAUAACUAGACACCGACAUUCAUAAUUAACUUAACAACAUCACUGAUUUGAUUUUUAAAAACCUUUGCCUACAGCAUAUUAUCUCUGUAAGGCCUGGAAAGAGCUCGCUGAGCUACACCGGGGACGCAGGACAAAAUGUCCCUCUUCCAGUCGGCACUUGAUUUCCUGGCAGGGCCCGGUGGCACUGGAGGCGCAAGUCGAGACCAAAAUGAUUUUGUUGGGCAAAUUGUGGAGCUUGGUGACAUGAAACUGAGAAUCAAAAGGGUUAUAGCUGAAGGUGGUUUUGCAUUUGUGUAUGAAGCUCAGGACAUAGGCAGCAGUAAAGACUAUGCUCUCAAGAGGCUCCUGUCCCACGAGGAGGAGAAGAACAAAGAAAUCAUCCAGGAGGUCUGCAUCAUGAAAAAGCUCUCUGGUCACCCCAACGUGGUGCAGUUCAGCUCUGCAGCGUCCAUUGCCAAGGAGGAGUCGGACACGGGCCAGGCUGAGUUCCUCAUUCUCACAGAGCUCUGUAAAGGUCAACUGGUGGACUUCAUCAAGCGGGUGGAGCAGAAGGGACCCAUGUCAUGUGACACAGUGCUGAAAAUCUUCUACCAGUCGUGUCGCGCCGUGCAGCACAUGCACAAACAGAAGCCUCCUAUCAUCCACCGGGAUCUUAAGAUUGAGAACUUGCUGAUCAGUCACCAAGGCACCAUCAAGCUGUGUGACUUUGGCAGUUCCACCACAAUAGCCCACUACCCUGACUACGGCUGGUCAGCCCAGAAGAGGUCCAUGGUUGAGGAUGAGAUCACCAGAAACACUACUCCGGCCUACAGGACACCUGAGAUGAUUGACCUGUACUCCAACUUCCCCAUUAACGAGAAGCAGGACAUCUGGGCAUUGGGUUGUAUCCUCUACUUGUUGUGUUUUAAGCAGCACCCCUUCGAGGAAGGCGCUAAGCUGCAGAUAGUCAACGGGAAGUACGCCAUUCCCCAGAAUGACGUCAAGUACACUGUUUACCACGAGCUCAUCAGAUCCAUGCUGAAGAUCAACCCAGAGGAGAGGCUGUCCAUCACGGAGCUGGUCAACCAACUACAGGAGAUCGCUGCGGCGCGCAAUGUCAACCCCAAGUCUCCCAUCACAGAGCUGCUGGAGCAGAACGGAGGCUUUGGCAACAACGGCGCACAGCCCCCAGCCCAGAUCCACAACAUCCACAACGCAGGGGUGUACGGUGCAGACCCGGACCAGGGCGGGGGCUUUCUCGACAUCCUGAAGGGAGGAACCGAACGCUUUCUGACCAACAUCAAAGACACCUCCUCUAAAGUCAUCCAGUCUGUGGCCAGUUAUACAAAGGGAGACCUGGAUAUCUCUUACAUCACCUCUAGAAUAGCAGUCAUGUCCUUCCCGGCGGAGGGAGUGGAGUCUGCCAUUAAGAACAACAUGGAGGAUGUGCGUCUCUUCCUGGAUGGCCGUCAUGCAGGACACUACGCCGUCUACAACUUGACCAAGCGCUCUUACAGACCCACCCGCUUCCACAACAGGGUGUCGGAGUGUGGCUGGCAGGCCCGGCGGGCACCUAACCUGAGGAGCCUCUACAGCCUCUGUAAGAACAUGCACCUGUGGCUGAAACAGGACCAGAGGAACAUCGCCGUAGUCCACUGCCUGGACGGGCGGGCGGCCUCGGCCGUGGCGGUGUGCUCCUUCCUGUGUUUCUGCCGCCUCUUCACCACGGCUGAGGCGGCCGUAUACAUGUUCAGUAUGAAGCGCUGUCCCCCGGGGAUCUCCCCUUCCCACAAGAGGUACAUGGAGUACAUGUGUGACAUGAUGGCUGACGAGCCCAUCACCCCGCACAGCAGACCCAUCCUCAUCCGCUCCAUCACCAUGACGCCUGUGCCUCUCUUCAACAAGCAGAAGAGUGGCUGCCGGCCCUUCUGCGAGGUUUACGUGGGAGACGAGCGCGUGGCCACCACCUCUGGGGAGUACGACAAGAUGAAGGACUUUAAGCUGGAGGACGGACGGGCUGAGAUCCCCUUGAACGUGACGGUGCAGGGGGAUGUGCUGGUGGUCAUCUUCCAUGCCCGCUCAACCCUGGGGGGCCGCCUUCAGGCCAAGAUGGCUUCCAUGAAGAUGUUCCAGAUUCAGUUUCACACAGGGUUUGUGCCCCAGAACGCCACCACGGUCAAGUUUGCAAAGUAUGACCUGGACGCCACUGACAUCCAGGAGAAGUACCCGGACCUCUUCCAGGUCCAUCUGGAUAUGGAGGUGGAUCCCUGCGACAGGCCGAGCAACAAGACUCCACCCUGGGACAACUUUGCCACAAAGGGCCUCAACCCAAAGAUCCUUUUCUCCAGCCGGGACGAGCAGCAGGAGAUCCUCACCAAGUUUGGCAAACCAGAGCUUCCCCGACAACCGGGCUCUUUCUCCGGUUCUUUCUACGACACCGCGUCGUCUCCGUUGGAACAGACUCCUGAUAGCUCCACCAUGGAGGCAGAAUCUCACCAGAGCACUGAUACCAACGCCAACAACUUCUUCCAGACUCUGGAUUGGGAUGAUGGGAGUGGACAUGGAGCGGACGCUUCGGACAGCCUGGGAGGCACCAUUGACGACCAGGACGAGCUCAGUGACGCCUCUGUGGACGAGGAGUCCAACUCCGGCCUGGCCGGCGAACCCCCCCUCUCCAGGGAGCCUAGUGAGUCCCUGUUCAACGCUGGGUUCCAGGCUGCCGCCACACCCCAGGAGUCCCCGGGGCCCAGCGACACGGCUGACCUGCUGGGUCUCACCUCCGACCUCAGCUCCACCGCCCCCACAACCCUCCACGACAGCAGGCGGCAUGAAGGCCUCGUCUACAGCAACGCUCAGCAGGGCUGCUCCAACAACCUGAUUGGGGACGGAGGUGCCCAAGAGGACCUCUUCUUCAGUAACCCCGCUGCACCGCCAGACUCGGCCACCCCCAAACCAAUAAAUGACCUGUUUGACCUGUUCGGGAUGGGAUCUUCAUCCAAUCAGACCGGACCCGACCUCCUUUUCAACCUCAACAAGCUGACCAACAAUCCCCCUAAGAUGACUUCGUCCGCAAGCCAACCAGACCUGCUUGGAGGGUGGGACAGCUGGGCAUCGAGUGGGAGCAUGGCCGCCGCCUCCUCCCAUAAGCCAGCCUUCCCAGCUCCUGGAGUGUCUUCCUUCUCCAAAGCAAAGUCUCAGAGCUUUGACCCGUUUGCAGACUUGGGAAAACUGGGUCCUACGCUGUCAGGUUCCUCCAGUGGCAGUUUCUCAGGCCCAGGCUUCAACCCGAAGAGUGGGGCCUCCACCAAGACUGCUGCGCAGUCGUGGCAGCAGACUGGCCGGCCCUCCGCUGGCCAAAGCAAGCCCUGGAUGGCCCCCAGUGCUGCUGCCCCCAAAGCCCAGCCGCCCCAGCCAGCCAAACCCAACUACAACCUUAACUUCAGUGUGAUCGGCCGAGAGGAGAGAGGCGUCAGGGGCCCAGGAUUUGGUCCAAAACCCAAAGUCAAAGAGGACGACUUUGAAGACCUGCUCUCCACUCAGGGUUUUGCCUCCAAGCUAUCAGACAAGAGUGGACCCAGGACCAUCGCAGAGAUGAGGAAACAGGAGCUCUCAAGGAACAUGGACCCCCUCAAACUGCAGAUCCUGGAUUGGAUUGAGGGGAAGGAGCGAAACAUCCGGGCCCUCCUCUCCACACUUCAUACAGUCCUGUGGGAGGGCGAGACGCGCUGGAAGCCCGUAAACAUUGCAGACCUAGUCACUCCAGACCAGGUUAAGAGGUACUACAGGAAAGCUGCGCUGGUGGUGCACCCUGAUAAGGCCGCCGGAAAGCCCUACGAAGAUUACGCUACACUGAUCUUCAUGGAGCUCAACGACGCCUGGUCCGAGUUUGAGAACCAAGGCAGCAAAGCCCUCUUCUAAGACUUACUGGAUGGGGCCCAUAUUGGGUCCUUCAGGGUUGCGGCCCCCCACACACACACCUUAGAGAGGUCUGCCAACUCUCCUGCAGUUGAGAAAAGGCACCUUACUUUAUUUCUCAUCUGCAGUUCAACAUCAUCGGCCAUUUAAAAAACACUGCCACCACAUGCAAAGGGUGGCAUGGGUGGAAGACUAGUGGUUCAAAAGCGUGGAAGAUGGGAGGGAUGGAUAUGACGACAGAGACAAUCACUGAGAAGACCAGAUGGUCACCAACCAGGCUCCAUCCAUUCGGAAAUGUGGGGACUGUAUGGCCACUGGACCCCGUAGACUUUGUUGCUGUGGACACGGCUCUAUUCCUUUACACUCCUUGGACAGACCUUUCUGCAGCGUUCUCUCUUUCCGAGAGACCAAGAGUUCAUGCUGUUGUUGCUUCUUGACAGAACCAUUCUCCCACUAACAGACUCCUCCUUCCACCACAAGCCCUCUACCGUAAGCGCCUUGCUCUGCGGAUGGCAAAAAAAAUUACGCUUGCUCAUAACUGCCCCCCCCUCCGGCAACAAAGGAGACAAAUAGAGAAUAUAGGGAUUUCAUCUGGUUGCUUUUUGCCAUGUGGAAUUGUGCAAUAUGUUUGGUCUUUUUUGUUUUCUCUGUCAAUGAUAGUCCUCACUUAAGUGUAAAUAUUUUCUCAAUGAUGUGGUUCUUUCGGUAGUAGAUAGCGAGAUGCCGAAACACACAGAGGUGUGUGUUGUUUAAGGAUGGUAGCUCACCACCUCGCUCUCUCUACCAGUAGAUCAUCAUGCCUUUCUUUUCCAAUGGUCUUGUGUUUAUUCCACUUAUUACACAAAAGGUUUACAGGGAGUUUUCAUUGCAACCCUCCAUUUUGUGUUCCAUAGUUGUUUUCUCUUUACCUUAAAAUGACCUGAAGCUUUUUGUGUAAUUCUUUUUUUUUUUUUUUUUUUACAUUUUACCUCAUGGACCAAUUUAAAACACCUAUUUUCUUAUUGUUGUGGGGUAUCAUAAGUAUCCAUGACAUUUAAUUGCAGAACUUAAUAAAUAAAAAAUAAUAUAUGAAUUGAAUGUCUUUAAUGCGAUGGAGGGAAUGGGCAUUUAUAGGUGGUCUCAUGACAGUUGUUUUGCCGAGCUGAAAUCAUUCCGAAGCGUCUUAACGUGAAUGUGUUUUUAUAUGGUCUUUGUUGGGUAUAUGUAGCUUCUGUUUUAGUCUUGCUUCCUUCUGUGUAACUUUGUUUUUUUCCCCCCCUCCCUAUUUCUACAUUUGAGUUAUUUAGCUCUUAUCCAGAGCAAUUUACAUGAGCACUUAGGGUUAGGGUUGCCUAACUUAGGGUUAGGGUUGCUCUAGGGCACAUCGACAGUCUCUGGGAUUCAAACCAGCAACUUUCCAGUUACUGGCCCGACCAGUUUUUUUCUCUCACUUAUUCGUCUCUGGGAUUCAAACCAGCAACUUUCCAGUUACUGGCCCAACUCUCUUAACUGCUAGGCUACCUGCCACCCAUCCCAUGACUGGGAUCGUUGACUCUGUUCAUUCCCCACCUAUUGAAACCUUAUUUUUUGUGAUUCCAGUAACACUAUGGCUGUGUUUACACAGUCAAUCCAAUUCAGAUAUUUUGUCCAAUUAUUUGCAAAGGAGCCGAUCUGAUUGGUCAUAAGACCAAUUAGUGGAUAAAGAUCAGAAUUGGGCUGCCUGUGUAAAUGCAGCCGAUAAGGGGAUACUUGAUUGUAAGUCUGCCAUUUUGAAUAGACAUCAUUUUGACAGUAUCAGUACACUAUAAGGAAAAAGAAAGCCUACUCAACCAAAUUAAAAUAUGAAUGUAGAUUUCAGUACAGAAAUAAAAAGGUUUUGAUCAGA